AUGCUUACUCAAAAGCAGCUAGCACAAUUUGAUAGAGAUGGCUGUAUUGCCAUUGAGAACUACCUCAGUCCUGAAACUGUAAAAGAGUUGAAUGACGAGAUUCAAAAACUACUGGGCGAGAUCGAUCUCAAAACACACCCUCUCACUAAGUUCACUACUGAUGAGGACGAGGAACAUGUUGGCGACGACUACUUUAUCAACUCGUCAGACAAGAUACGCUAUUUUUUCGAGGUAGACGCUUUUGAAAAUGGCGAGCUGGUCAAGCCAUUGCCAAAGGCUGUCAACAAGAUAGGACAUGGGUUGCACAUGAAAAACGAAGCGUUCAAGAAGAUUACCAUCACUGAAGAUAUUGCUGCAAUAUGCAAGCAACUGGGUUUCAAGGACCCUCGCGCGCUACAAAGUAUGGUUAUCAUCAAGCAACCAGAAAUUGGUGGGAAAGUGCCUAACCACCAGGACGGAGAGUUUCUUUACACAGAACCUCAAUCUUGUAUCGGAUUCUGGUUUGCUUUGGAGCCUUGUACUCUGCAAAACGGAUGUCUGAGCUUUGUGCCUGGUUCCCAUAAAACUGCCGAGAUCAAACGUCGUUUUGUGAAGGAUCUGGAAAAUGGUGGCACGAAAUUCGUGGAUCCCAAAACACUCAAGGAAACUAAAGCUACAAACGACCCGAAUGACUCAGAGUUUGUUUGUGUGGAAAUUCCAGCUGGCAGCCUCGUGUUGAUCCACAAUAGAGUCAUCCAUAAAUCCGAAAGAAACCUGUCCAGAAUGUCCAGAAACGCAUACACAUUCCACGUUAUCGAGGGUGAGGCACAAUACGACGAGCUUAAUUGGCUACAGGUUCCUCCCACUGCUCCUGCGGGUACUGCUGAAUUCUCCAAAAUCUAUGUGAAUUGA